UCAACAUGAGGUUCCAUCUCGUUCUUGUCUUUGUGCUUUGCUUUUCCAUCACUAAAUCGUUGGUCGCUGGAAAGAUCCUCUCAACCGUUGACCUUGCCAAAAAACUGACGAAUGCAAAUAGCUUGAAGUGUUUCUUGACUUGGCUGUCCAGGCUGGUCAAUAACUCUGCCAAGAUCACGCUGGAACUGGGUAAAUGUGUCAAAAACCAUGGCGAAAAAUCGGUGCGAGUCCUGGAUGCCUACAAGAAUCUUCUCGUAGUGGCCGCACCUAUCCUUUUGCGCUGUAAGAAGUUGAUCGGAGGCAUAACUGCUGGUGGGCCAGCUUGUUUGAAAGCCUUUGCUCUUAAUUCAUUCUCUUUGAUUCGAGCAUUGAACAAUUUGGACAAUGCAAGGAACAGCGAACCGCAGAGUAAAACUAAGUGCUCGAGGGAUGCGUUAAAGGAUUACUUUGGAAGCUCCAAUCUCAACGAAAUCUUCGAUGGCUGCCUAUAAACGAAUGACAGGAAAACAGCCAACAACCUGAAAGGCAAUCUUGCAGUACAAAUCGAUGAUAAAUCUGAAUAAAUCGAAUUAAAGUGGCAAA